UAAGCAUUUUAUUAACAGGAAGCAGAAAAUAAGAUUCACAUUACCAGCAACAAGCUUUGUUUCUUUCAAUCUGAAUCUGACCAAACACAAGAAGAAGGGAAAAUGAAUUCUUUCAAAAUUUGAAGGCACAAAGAGAUUAAAAAAAGUACAUAAAACAAAAAUUAUACUAGACAGCAGUAUUAGCUUAGACUAUAUAGCUUAGAGUUCUGCAGUCAAAAGUGAUGUGCAACGGAUUGGAGUUAGAGCCUAGAGGGAGAGAGAGAGAGUAGGCAAUUUGAAUGAAACUAGAUAAUCCUCCUUCUGAAGUUUCUGGUGGUUGAUUGAUAGGUGCGAACCAGCAGGCCAACCCCAAUGCCAAAAACCUACACAGACACCAAGACCAAUUCCCACACCAGCGUUGAACCACGACAUCUCACCAUCUUCACCAUCUGCGUACUCUCUAUUCCAAUACAUGUCGCUGUGUUCUCCUUCAUAUUCUUGUUUACUGAAUUGGAAAUAGGCCCAACAAAAUGCGACGAAUGUUAGGGCCCAUUAAUGGAAAACCUAUAUUUAUAUAGAUAAGCAAUUAGGGAUUGCGUUGCCGCUUAGCUUCGUCUGAAAAAAGGGGGAUCAGUUCCGUCGCCGCUUCUUCGAUUUUUGACGCCGCCGCUUCUUCUUCUUCCUCGCAGCAGGUAAGUCACACAGGUAACUGAAAGAUGGGGCGUGUUAGAACCAAGACUGUGAAGAAAUCUUCUCGUCAAGUCAUCGAGAAGUACUACUCUCGCAUGACUCUUGACUUCCACACUAACAAGAAAAUCCUUGAAGAGGUUGCCAUCAUCCCUUCAAAGAGACUCCGCAACAAGAUUGCUGGAUUCUCCACCCACUUGAUGAAACGUAUCCAGAAGGGACCAGUCCGUGGAAUCUCACUCAAGCUUCAGGAAGAGGAGCGUGAACGCCGCAUGGACUUUGUUCCCGAUGAGUCUGCCAUCAAGACUGAUGAGAUCAAGGUGGACAAAGAGACUCUUGAGAUGCUUGCUUCUCUAGGAAUGUCUGACACUCCCGGCAUCUCUGCAGUCGAGCCACAACAAGCUAUGGCACCAAUCGCUGCUUUCGGUGGUGGCAGGGCACCCAGAAGAUACUGAGAUGGCUUUGUUAUCAUCAGCCAAUCAAGGCAAACGACUGGCUCUCUUUUUUCACAGUUAGGGAUAAGAAAGACAUGUGUGUUCUUGGAAAGUUUAUUGUUUCUUUUGAUUCAAGUUUUUAUGUCUUAAACUCAGAGUGAGACUCUUUCGUAUUAAUGGGUUUUGAGUUAUGUGGAACCAAAAUUGGAGUUAAAACUUUCGAUAGUAACAAUAUCUUUUGCUUAUCAGAUCCGAGUUGAUUCAUG